CUCUCGGUUUCACUUCCCUUCAAAAACUUUGCUUGAAGUUUUCUAGUGGGCGGAGACCUUUUUGUCUGCAACACUUAAUAAGUGAAACUUGUCACAGUGAUGGAAAGUCAGUAGCAUAAGUGUGGACUGUGUCUAGUAAUAAACUGGACGUCAAUUAUCAGGGAACUUUGGCCGGAGAGCAUCAUACUGCAGCUCAGGUUAACCAGAGAAACGACCUCAGAGCUGCACCUUUCGCUUGGUCUGAAUAUUAAGAUGGAGUGGCGCCAGCAGAGCAGCGUCAGCUGUGAAGACGCCUUCACCGAAGCUCAGCGCUGGAUUGAGGAAGUGACUGGAAAAUCCUUUGGCUGCAGUGACUUUCGUGCUGCCCUGGAAAACGGGGUUUUGCUUUGCGACUUAAUCAACCAGUUGAAACCUGGAAUCAUCAAACGAGUGAACAGGCUUUCCACUCCCAUUGCUGGCCUGGAUAAUGUGAAUGUUUUCCUGAAAGCAUGUGGAAAACUUGGACUAAAUGAGUCACAGCUGUUUCAUCCUGGCGACCUUCAGGAUCUGUCCACUCGGGUGACACUCAGGCAUGAUGAAAGUCAGAGAAGACUCAAAAAUGUCCUUAUUACAAUAUACUGGCUGGGUCGCAAGGCUCAACUUGACACAUUCUACAGUGGUCCUCAGCUUAAUUUCAAGGAUUUCGAGGGGCUUUUAGGGUUGGCCUUGUCCAAGGCUCUAGAAGAAGGCAGCAAUGCAUUUAUGAAAGAUGAGGGUUACAAGGAGAGCCAUGACUCGGAGGGAGAGGAAAGUCUGCAAACAAGACAGAGUUAUGAUAGAGGAAAUUCAGUGGAUGGCUUUGAGUGUGUGAACCCCAGAGCUGUCCGUCUAAAUGAAGAAGGUUUUGGAAGUGACGCAGAAGCAGAGCAGGUGUACAAGAUGGACAGUACAAAAGUCUCAGUCCACCAGAGAAAAGGACAUAUUCCACCACCGCUUCGUAGAAAACUAGGACGGGAGGAGAGGGCAGUGGGCCAAACGAGCCAACUCCCAAGAGUAUAUCAAACCCAAAUCAGGCCUGGGAUGCCAGUUCAGGUCAACCCUGGCUGGAUUUGGAGCAAAUCCCUCAGUGACAUCCCUAUGGUGUAUCCUGUGCGUAAAGUUUCAAAUGGAAAUGCCAUUUCUGAUAAAGGUCAAGACACCAGCCUGCCGAGGGACUGGAAUCAAGGAAUUGAAAGAGAGUAUAGUGUAGUUGCCAAGGACAGCGAAGCUCACUGGCAAGAUGACUUGACGAGAUGGAAAAAUCGACGCAGAAGCACCAAGUCUGAACUGUACAGACGGUCACUUGAAAGGGAACAUAUUGUCAAACAGCUGACCAAUGGGGCUGUGACAAAUUAUGAGGGUAAUGAGACACCAGGAGGGUCCCUAAAGAGAGACCAGUCACUGUGGCGACAUAGCUCCUCUCCCCGUCCUUACUCUGUUUCUUCAUCCACAUGGCUAAGCUGUGAUCUCAGACCACAUACUCGAGUUCUCCUGACCCACAGCAAUGCCACUGAAGCCCCUUUCAGCUCCGAAAGCCAUUCUUGGGAGUCUCAAUUGGGACCCAAGCCUGAGUCUGGUAGGUCUAUCAUGGGAGAGGAGCCAAACUUGGCUUCAGAUGGAAGAAAUGGAGUUACUACACCUUCUCUACACCAAGCUUUCACCUCCCCGACGCAAGUGAAUGCCCUGGGUAGCCAGUGUACUUUUCAUUCCACAUCUGGACAGACGCGACCACAAAGUGUUUUGCCAAAACAGAUCUCCCCUCCUGUUAAACUCACACAACCAGAACAAUUCGAUACUGAAGAAUAUGCUAGGAGCUAUAGUUCUGAUUUGUACAUGCGUUCCUUCAACACUGAUCCGAAAAAGAAAACUUUUUCUCCAAAUGCAGCUAGUCAGUCAGAAGCUGAUGUAACAGAGAAUUUGACAAAUCUGUUCCAAAAAUCUCAAGAAACUCCAAGAUCACAUCUGGAUUCAGCUGAGGAUGGAGGUGCCGGUCAGCAGGAGUCUGCAGGGGUCUCAAAGUAUUUGUCCAGAACUACAACAUGGUCCAGCUCUGCAAGCCUUCCUCGCGGGUACCGUCGGUCUGAGGGUUCCACUCGUCUUUCUUCUGCAAUCACAGCCAAACCCUUCGGUGCAAAGUCACCCAGAAUGUCCUCCCUGCCAAGACGAUACAGUGAUGAUGGCGGUCAUACUUUGAUGUUGAACACUGAGGAUUCACAAUCUUUAUCCACCAAACCAUAUCUUAAAAGACAAAAUGCGGCGGCUCAUCUGAGGGGUCAGUAUCAGGCCUCAGUUCGGCAGAAGAAGGCCAACCAGGUGAGGCAGAAUGCUACAAGACAGAGGGAGGAAGUGAACUGUGAGCCCUCCACCCUGAUUCAACCUUAUACAAAACGGCAGUCUUCCCACAACGAAAGCUUGGCUCUUCCAUGUAAUGCAAGUGCUGACCUCUCAAAGGUUGAUCACAGUGACAUGAGAGUGAGCCUGACUCUUAGUCCAAACAGCAUACCAGACUUUGGGUUCCACAUUCACUGGGACGCCACAGGGGUGAGAAUAAAAUUCAUUCAACCAGGCAGUCCAGCAGAGCACUGUCAGCUGUGUGUAGAUGAUGAGGUUGUGGCAGUCAAUGGAGUUGCAGUUGCACACAUGACCUACAGCCAGUGGAAGGCAAAAAUGGCAUCCUCGCUGCAAACUGGGAGUCUAACCAUGGACAUUCGUCGUUAUGGCAUCAAGGAUUGGAGCACGAAUAAAGGAAGUCCUCACAAUCGGCCAGGGCGGAGCAUGUUGACCCUCAAUUUGACUUCUGCUGCACCUGUUUUAAUAGGUCGCUCUGAUCACCAUGCCAACAAUGCAGCCUCUGUAGAAACAACAGACACUCAAGAAUCCCAACUUAAUGGGCAGACAGACAAUGUAACCCAAGAGAAGGCCAUUGGUGGGCUCUUUUCUGGCAAUAACACCAAUGCCAGGCGUAAAGAUAAUAAUAGUGUAACUAGCGAAAAUAAGAAAAAGAGGGCAGAGUUUUUCACCCAGAAAGGAGGCUCAGAAACUGCAAUAUCUGAUAUUGAGGUGCCCUCCCUCAACCCAUCCUCAUCCAGCUGGUCUUGGGACCGUGAGGAGGAUCGCAGGCGUCAGGAGAAGUGGCAGGAAGAGCAAGAGCUCCUCCUGCAGGAACAAUACCAGCGAGAUCAAGAGAGGUUGCAGGCAGAGUGGCAAAGGGCACAGCAGGAUGCAAUAGAAGGAGAGAUGCCGAGGGAAGACGCCGUUGAGAUGGCUUGUGGUCGUCAGAGGUUUGCCAGUUCACAGCUUUAUGUGAAUGAAUUGACAAAGGAAACAAAACAGAAGCUAAAACUUGACAAAGAAGAUCAGAGAGAUGCAGAACCAAAACCACCCAAUAUUGCACACGAAGCGCAGAAUGACAGGAUUCCUGGAAAAGAUUGGGCUGAGGGUUCCCAUGGUUUCGCUCAGCUGUCCCAUGCACACAGGGCAAUGUCCAUGUCUACUCCAACUUUAUCUGGACCCUACAAACAAACGAGAGGUGACCCAAGGAAAAGAAGAGGGCUGACUGUAUCAAAGGCUGAGAGAGAGAGACAGCAGAUUUUGGAGGAGAUGAAGAAAAGGACUCAGCUUCUGACUGACAACAGCUGGAUACGUCAGCGCAGCGAUAGUUUUCACAAGGAGCCAAUCGAUGUUGGUACCUCCAUGAAGAGAUAUGAGUCUUUGGACAACCUGGAUAUUUUGCAUCAGUAUUCAGACUCUGCUGCAGCAUUUAUUUACCCUCGCCCCCAUUCAGCUGCUGGACUUUACAGCACUCAGAGUAGGAAUGCCUCCUCACGCUACAGUACUGGAUCUAUGUCAUUACAGACACAUAUGAACUCAGAGUCAUCUCAUUAUGCCAGGAUGGUCAGUGGCAGGAGGACUUGCUGUGUGUGUGAGCGUGUCCUGGGUAGUGGGGCAGCCAUGGUCAUAGAUGCCCUUAGUCUCUGUUUCCACCUAACCUGUUUCCAGUGCGUGGGCUGCCAUCGACACCUUGGAGGAACAGAGACUGGAGUCCAGGUUCGCGUUCGAAACAGGAGGCCUUACUGUGACUACUGCCAUUUCCAAUUCAAUUCCACUGCCUUCCACGUGUGACCAACACGCUGUGCUCCAGAUACAAGAGUAAACCGUAGAAAAUAGUGUGACCAUAACAAAUUAACCUUUUUUUUUUUUUUUCCAUGAUCAUUCAUACAAUAAACACUGAGAUUUGGGUCUUGGGAUACACAACUAAAUUUAAUUAUUAGCUGGUUUUAUCUAAUAGAAGAAAUACAGUUGAGCUAAAUGUCAUCUAACUUAAUUCCAAAAAUGUAGAUUUAAAAUAUAAAUAAAAAGAUUCUGUCUCAUUACUUAGUUGAUUUUGUUACGUCUUUCUUGCUGUUUAUCAGAUUUGUGUGCUGUGUCCCGACUUUUCCCAAUAGUGCAUUAAAUAUAUCAGAUAUUUCUCGAGAGGCUGUCAAAUGUGGCACAUUUAGCAAUGUACUGAAAGUACUUUCUGUUCACUUGUAAAGCCACAAAGUGCACAUUGGGAUAACUCACUAAUAUAUGGAAUGCAGGUUUCUCACGGAAACAUUGUUGUCUUGAUUGAAAUGUUUGCAAAUAAAAGUACACUAAACAUAA